AUGUACUUCUUACUGCUCUUUCUCGCUUACUCUACUCUCGUCUCGGCGACCACAUACUUCCUCACUGUCUUCGCACCAAACACCGAAGUUGACGGGGCUUUACUGAAUGCCGCCGCUCAGGGUUUUUACGCCGGCCUUUCAGGGCCCGCGACCUACUGUCCCCAGGGCGUCAAAUGCCCUGAGACGCAAACUUCCCUUGUGUACGCUGGUUUGACCGCUAUGGCUGUAGAAGUCCCCGGUGGUCAAGCCAUUUACGUCGCACCCUCAGGUCAGAUAUCAUACACACAGGCACACUCGUCAUAUGAGCCCGUAGGUUCCUUCACGGGCGGUUGGUUCAACAAGACAGUCUUAUCAGAUUGCGAUCCAACUCGCGAAGUACUCGACUUCCUGCCAGUUGAUGGCUCUAGCUCUGGUGGUGUUAAAUUAUGCCCCCAAGUAGAAGAAUACAUGGCUGGUACGGGUGCUAGCUAUCGCUUGUAUGCUGGAACCGCCAUAUUCAAUCUGACCGGUUGCAUUGAUGCCGUCGGUCUCACACUACACGGCGUCGCUGAGGACUUUGGGUGUUGGCAGUACACCUGA